CUUUUUUCCUUUCUAGAAAACGUGCAUGUGAUAUUACAUCAGAAAAAUUAUAUUCCGUAUCUGUGUAACCUUUGUUACCGGUAUUUUCGUCGCUUCUUAUUGCCUUUGUAUAGAUUUAGUGUGUUUUAAAUUAAUAAACAUUCAAAAUGCUGAAAAUUUUGCGAAAUCCAAGGUCAUCUACUUUGAACUCAUGCAUUUUGCAAAACUUCUGUGGUUCUAGAAAUAUUGCUUCUCAAGUUCACAGCCGGUCUGUGUUAUCCCUGACAAAUAAAUAUGGUGUACAAAGACGUUAUAAAUCAGAUACAGUUAAAGGACAUGUUAUUGGUAUUGAUUUGGGCACAACUAAUUCCUGUGUUGCUGUUAUGGAAGGAAAGACACCAAAGGUAAUAGAAAAUGCUGAAGGUUCUAGAACUACCCCUUCUGUCGUUGCUUUCACUGCCGAUGGCGAACGACUUGUUGGCAUGCCUGCCAAGAGACAAGCUGUUACAAAUGCUGCCAAUACACUUUCUGCCACAAAGAGACUUAUUGGACGGAAGUUUGAAGAUCCAGAAGUGCAGAAAGACAUGAAAAAUUCUGCCUUUAAAAUUGUUCGAGCUUCAAAUGGUGAUGCAUGGCUAGAAGCUCAAGGAAAAAUGUAUUCUCCUAGUCAAAUAGGUGCAUUUGUUUUAAUGAAAAUGAAAGAAACAGCAGAAAGUUAUCUAGGACAACCAGUGAAAAAUGCUGUAGUAACUGUUCCUGCUUAUUUUAAUGAUUCUCAAAGACAGGCUACAAAGGAUGCUGGUCAGAUUGCUGGAUUAAAUGUAUUGAGAGUAAUCAAUGAACCUACUGCUGCUGCUUUAGCUUAUGGUAUUGAUAAAACUGACAAAAUUAUUGCUGUUUAUGACUUGGGUGGUGGAACUUUUGAUAUAUCCAUCCUGGAAAUCCAGAAAGGUGUAUUUGAGGUGAAAUCUACAAAUGGAGACACAUUCCUGGGUGGCGAAGAUUUUGAUAAUGCUCUUGUUAGCUAUUUAGCAAAAGAAUUCAAGAAAGAUCAAGGGGUUGAUUUAUCAAAAGAUGUAAUGGCAAUGCAGCGUCUAAAGGAAGCUGCAGAAAAGGCUAAGAUAGAGCUUUCUUCAUCUGUACAGACUGACAUAAAUUUACCUUAUCUGACUGUUGAUGCCAGUGGACCAAAACAUCUAAAUAUGAAAUUGUCAAGGUCACAGUUUGAAAAUUUAGUAGCUGAUCAUAUUAAGAGGACUGUUGACCCCUGUAAAAAAGCUAUCAAGGAUGCCGAUGUAAAAAUAAAUGACAUUCAAGAAGUUAUAUUAGUAGGUGGAAUGACAAGAAUGCCCAAGGUUCAACAGCAAGUACAGGAAAUCUUCAAGAAAAUGCCCAGCAAAUCUGUAAAUCCUGAUGAAGCUGUUGCUGUUGGUGCUGCAAUUCAAGGUGGUGUUCUUGCUGGUGAUGUCACUGAUGUUUUGCUACUAGAUGUGACUCCCUUGUCUCUUGGAAUUGAGACUUUAGGUGGUGUUUUCACUAAGCUCAUUACCAAAAACACAACUAUUCCUACUAAAAAAAGUCAAGUAUUUUCUACUGCUGCUGAUGGACAAACUCAGGUCGAAAUUAAAGUUUUUCAAGGUGAAAGAGAAAUGGCCAAUGACAAUAAACUUCUUGGUCAGUUUUCACUUGUUGGUAUUCCACCUGCUCCCAGGGGUGUUCCACAAAUUGAAGUUACAUUCGACAUUGAUGCUAAUGGAAUUGUUCAUGUGUCUGCCAGAGAUAGAGCAACUGGAAAAGAACAAAACAUUGUUAUUCAGUCUUCUGGUGGCUUAAGCAAAGAUGAGAUUGAAAAUAUGAUUAAGAAUGCUGAGAAAUAUGCUGAAGAAGACAAAAUCAAAAAGGAAAUAGUUGAAGUAAUUAAUCAGGCUGAAGGCAUCAUUCAUGAUACAGAAGCAAAAAUGGAAGAAUUCAAGAGUCAGUUGCCAGAAGAGGAGGUAACUAAUAUCAAAAAGCGAAUUGAAGAAGUAAGGCAGCUAAUAUCCAACAAAGACCAAGAAUCUCCUGAAACAUUACGAAAAGCUACUCAAGACCUACAACAAUCUUCAUUGAAACUCUUUGAGGCUGCAUACAAAAAGAUGGCUAAUGAAAGACAAGGAAGUCAAGCUUCUGGUGAAAGCACAAGCGAGAGCAGUAGUGAAAGUACUGAAGAAAAGGAAAAGAAGGAAGACAAGAAUUAAGUGUUCUGACUAAAACAAUUAAUUUUUUAAAGUAAAAAUCGAACUCGAUAGUUCUUAAUAUCUACAUUCAUUGCUUGUGUUUGCAUUAUCCAGCAUCAUUGGGCGAAUGUUGUUUACUGCAAAGAUCACGUGCAUUGUAUUAUAGCUCAUUAUUGAUUGUGUAGAUAAAAGGAAAAAAAAUGUAAACAAAUUGUUCCAUUUUUAUUUUGCAAUUAAACUAGUUAUAUAAUAUUCUUUA